AUGUCUACUUUCUUCCGCCGUUUAUUCUACUCAACAACGCCCGCCAUGUCUGAAGCAGCAAAGCAAAAGGCUCAAAAGCUCAUUGACGAGAACGCCGUCAUGGUGUUCAGCAAGUCAUACUGCCCCUACUGCACCGCCACAAAGUCGAAGCUCAAGGGCAUGGGCGCAAAGUACAACGUCCUCGAGCUGGAUCAGAUUAACGACGGCAGCGCCAUCCAGGAUGCACUUCAGGAGAUGACCGGUCAGCGCUCGGUUCCCAACAUUUUCAUCGGCCAGAAGCACAUUGGCGGCAACUCGGAUUUCCAAGCACUCAGUGACUCGGAAAACUUGAUCAAGGCAGCAGGUGCUUUGUGA